ACUACGCACACCAAUACAUGCGCACACAUAUCACGCAUCUCCUUCAUUUUGACUAUAUAUAUACAUAUGUAUAUAUAUAUAUAUAUAUAUACAUAUGUAUUUGGAUGAACUGUCAGAAUCGCCCUCUGUGUAUUCGUGUGUAUGUGUACGACUACGAAUGAACACUGUGAAAGAUCAUUACGACAUUCAAUUCAUUUGUCAUUGUUUUGGUAUUUUUUUUGCUUAAAUUUUUUUUCUAUCUUUUCAUUCCUUAGUUCUGUGAAUGUGUGACGAAAUUGUUUGUGUUUUUCGAUUUGUUUCGUUUAAUUUUCUUCCAUUAAUCGGUUAUUUUAAUGGUGUGAUUGAUCGGUGCAUUGGUUUAAAUUGAAAAAUCCAAAGUGCCGUUGGUAAAUUUGGUUCCGAAAAAACAGCAGUGCAGAGCAGAGUGCCCAUAAGAAAUGGAAGAUAUUUUUCAUUGGUGCCGUGAAGGCAAUUCGAUACAAGUGCGAUUGUGGUUGGACGAUGUUGAGCAUGAUAUGAACCAAGGUGAUGAUCAUGGAUUCAGUCCAUUGCAUUGGUUGGCCAAAGAAGGUCACACCAAAUUGGUCGAAAUGCUUCUGCAGCGCGGAGCUCGAGUAAAUGCCACCAACAUGGGAGACGAUAUCCCAUUGCAUUUGGCUGUUGCACAUGGCCAUUUGGAUAUUGUGUUGCUGUUGCUGAAGUAUAAAUCCGAUGUGAACACCACCAAUGAGCAUGGCAAUUCACCAUUACAUUAUGCUUGUUUCUGGGGCUAUCAAGGCAUUGCUGAGGAGCUCGUCAAUCAUGGUGCUCUUGUUUCGAUUGCCAAUAAGGACGGCGACACGCCAUUGGACAAAGCCAAACCAUUGCUGGCAAAACGUUUGCACGAUUUGGCCAUUGAAAGUGGACAAGAAUUGAAGAAGAUCAGUUUCAAAGAUCAAAGUUGGCUUGGGCUUAAAACACGUUCGCGUGACGCUACUCUGUCCCGUUAUAAGGGAAUCAAUAUUCGUGAUUUGGAACUACACACCAAACUUGCAGCCACACCAUCCGGUGACACUUGGAGAGGACGCUGGCAAAAGAAUGACAUUGUGGCGAAGAUUUUGUCGGUUCGCGAUUGCAAUGCACGUAUUUCACGUGAUUUCGAUGAAGAGUUCCCAAAACUUCGUAUAUUUUCACAUCCAAACAUUCUGCCAGUCAUCGGAGCCUGUAAUUCACCACCAAAUUUAGUCGUCAUAAGUCAGUACAUGCCAAGAGGAUCGUUGUACGAUUUACUCCAUGGUGCAGCUGGUGUUGUUGUUGAUACAGCCCAAGCAGUUCGAUUUGCCCUGGAUAUCGCCCGAGGAAUGGCCUUUUUACACUCAUUAGAACGCAUCAUACCCGAAUAUUAUUUGAACAGUUUCCAUGUUAUGAUUGACGAAGAUUUAACGGCUCGUAUCAAUAUGGGCGAUGCAAAGUUUUCGUUUCAAGAGCGUGGUCGUUUGUAUCAACCGGCGUGGAUGUCACCGGAGGCAUUGCAGAAGAAACGUGGCGAUCGUAAUUGGGAAGCGUGCGAUAUGUGGAGCUUUGCCAUUUGCGUUUGGGAAUUGAGCACACGAGAAAUUCCAUUCGGCGAUUUAUCACCGAUGGAAUGUGGUAUGCGCAUCGCCACUGAAGGCUUAAGAUUGAAAGUACCGCCCGGCACCUCGUCAUACUUCUCUAAGUUAAUCAAUAUCUGUAUGAAUGAAGACCCAGGAAAGCGACCAGUCUUCGACAUGAUAGUGCCUAUAUUAGACAAAAUGAAGCGAUAGAAUCGCACGAAUUUUGUAUCGCUAUUGCACAAGUCAGCUCCACUCCAGGGAACAUAUGUUUUAUUUUAAAUUUUGAAACAACGACAUUAUUGAAUGUUUGUCAGCAAUGUAGCAACUAAUGAAAUUAAUACUUAACAAAUGAACUGUUGUGAAUGUAUUAUUUUGUGCCUAAAUGGUUAAUCGAACUUGAUUGUUGAGCAUCAUGAUUCUAAUUAACACCCAAACUAAUUGAAACGAAUGAAAUCACUAAAUGAAAUUCAAUAUUUUAUCAUAUUCUUCCAUUUCUGAACAAAGUAAACAAUUACCGCACAAGUUCUAGAGAAGAGAUAACGAUCAGAGAGAUAUAUUUAAUGCAGAAUUAGUGCCGAAAUGCAGAAUGAACAUUUUGCUGCCAAAAUAAGUGCCUUUUACAAUAAACAACUUUUAUUCGAAUUAUUAUAGAUUUUUUUUUUCAAUUUGUCAUUUCGUUGUGUUCGGCAUACAAAUUUUAAUAUUACUUAACUUCGUUCAAUGUGCCAAGAAAUUAUAACAAUUUCAAAUUGUCAAAUUUUUAUUUAAGUAAUAUAAAAUGCGUUGUAAAUUACUUAAUCGAUUGUACUAAUUUUUAAUCGUAAAAAUAUGUUGUUUUUUUCUGUCUAAUUUCCCGAAAUCAUUUUUCAACUUUAUAUUUCAUGCGUAUAUUUUAUAUUUUUUGAGAAAGUAUUUGUUUGUUGAUAAAACACGAUUGAAUUCAAUGUGCACACGUGAAUUAACAUUUUAUUUGGAAUAAAAAGGAAAAACAUGUAUGCAGUGUACAUUUCAUCAUCA